ACGUUUACUACACGGUAGAAGCACACAUCUGCUCUUAUAGAAGGUCAGAUGCGCAUCAUGUUGAUGUUGUUUAGAACGUUACCUGAUUUGAGAUGCACUUUGAAAGUGCGGUCCAACGAUGGUCGAGUAACUGACCUCACAUUUUCCCUCUGAUUUCGCGCCCCACCUCUUUCACACACAGCAUUAAUAGGCCAGUUCUCCUCCUCCUGACCUAGUGAGAGACAAGACAACACUGUCAAGAUUUGGACAGAAUGGGAUAUGCGCACUGCUGUACCGUGCUCCUUAUAGUAUUCAUUGCGCUACAGCAAUCUGCUGGAUUUUGGCUCUUCGAUGUGGUAUUCCCACCAAGUGCCAAACCGCAAAACAAAGUGGCCAACAAUAGCACUCCGCCGGUUCUUAUAGUACCUGGGAACCUAGGAAACCAGCUUGAGGCCAAGAUUGACAAGCCAAGCCUUGUGCAUUGGAUGUGCUACAAAAAGACAGAUGACUUUUUCACACUUUGGAUUGACCUGAAUAUGUUCAUGCCAAUUGGGCUUGACUGUUGGAUCGAUAAUAUAAGAAUUGUAUACAAUAGGACAACUCGCAAGACCUCCAAUUCUGCAGGGGUGACGGUGAGAGUGCCUGGUUUUGGACAGACCUAUUCUGUUGAGUUCUUGGACACAAACAAGUUGUCAGGAUAUUUUCACACUAUGGUUACACAUUUGGUCAACAUGGGAUAUGUCCGUAAUGAGACUGUCCGAGCAGCACCAUACGACUGGAGGGUAGCUCCAAACGAGCAGGAGGAAUACUUUGCACGACUGAAGAAGCUGAUUGAGGAUAUGUACGAGCAGUAUCAACAACCACUUUACCUCUUGGGACACAGCAUGGGAAGCAAUUAUGUCCUCUACUUCUUAUAUCAGCAGACCCAGACUUGGAAAGACCAAUACAUCAAAGGCUUCAUUUCACUUGGAGCACCCUGGGGUGGGGCAGUCAAGCCUAUUCGAGUGCUAGCAUCAGGUGAAAAUGAUGGCAUCCCAAUGGUAUCCAACAUCAAGAUCCGGGAGGAGCAACGCAUGACCACAACAAACCCCUGGAUGCUUCCAUUUGAAGAGGCAUGGCCUGCAGACCAUGUCUUCAUCUCCACACCCUCAUUCAACUAUACCCACCAGGACUACCAGCGCUUCUUCAAAGACAUUGACUUUGAGGAUGGCUGGUUCAUGUGGGAAGACACCAGAAACCUGACAGCUGGUCUGCCCCCUCCUGGUGUUGAGGUAUACUGCUUCUAUGGUGUGGGGCUGCCCACACCGGUUACCUAUAUUUAUGACGACCAGUUCCCAAAUGUAGACCCUAUAGACUAUGUGUAUGCUGAUGGGGAUGAUACAGUGGGCAGUCUUAGCAUGAGUUUAUGUAAGCGUUGGAUAGGAAAGCAAGCACAGCCUGUCUAUGUCAAGGAGUUCAGGGCCAUGCCCCACUUGGAAAUAGUAUUCAAUAGCAAGGUUCUCAACGUGGUCCAGAGUAUCCUGGAAGGAAGAUAUGGGGAAGAGGAUUCUACAUUCCAUGAGACUGAUGAACGUCCCAUUGGCUCUGCAGUCAUGCAAGAUCAAGUCCAGCCGGACAAGGCUCCCAAAUCUACACUGUAAGCUUUUGGGGAGAAAAUAAUUCACUCUCCCAAUGUACAUACAAUUACUGAUGUAGUAGCUACUGAGUUGGACUUACACACUGAGUGUACAAAACAUUAAGAACACCUGCUCUUUUCAUGACGUAGACUGAACAGGGGAACCCAGGUGAAAGCUAUGAUCCCUUAUUGAUGUCACUUGUUAAAUCCACUUCAAUCAGUGUAGAUGAAGGUGAGGGUUAAUUAAAGAAGGAUUUUUAAGCCUUGAGACAUGGAUUGUGUAUGUGUGCAACUCAAUAUUAGGUGUUCCUAAUGUUUGGUAUACUCAGUGUAUAUGUACACACAUCCUAACUAGUAUUACUAAUGAGAUGUGAUAUAGUAUGCAUAUGCCUCUUGUUUCAUUAUGCUUAUCUUUUCCUCUUAGCAUGAUAGGAAAUCAAAAAAUAAAUAUGUAUUUGGUCAGUGUACGUUUCCUUAUUUUGAUUUUCGAGUCAAAACAGAGUGGAAAAACAAGACGGCUAAAAACAUUUUUGAAUU